AUGACUGACGCAGCUGCGAUCAUGAGCAGUUUGCACAUCACGGCUCCCUGCGUCUUGCCUGUGCCCCUCCCUCCAUCUGCUCUCAGCAUCACUGCUGCCCGCGCUGCUGGAUGUGCGCUGCGACGUCAUGAGCCAUACUGGAUUGGUGAUGGCAUGGACACGCCGCAGGUUGGCUACUUCGGCCUGUUUCAUUACUGCGUCGGAGACGUCGGAGACCACUCCAGGGAGCUGGUGUGCCAGGGGACCUUCACCGAGUUCUCUGAGAUCCCCUCCGGGGCGUUCAAAGCCGCCUCGUUCUUCAUCGGCAUGUCCAUGAUGCUGGUGGUCAGCUGCAUCGGCUGCUUCAGCCUCUUCUUCCUGCUCAGCACCUCCACCGUGUAUAAGAUCUGCGGCUGGAUGCAGGCUGCCUCCGGAGUGUGCCUGGUCCUUGGCUGCAUGAUCUACCCGGAUGGUUGGGACAGUGACACGGUGAGGAAGAUGUGUGGAGAGCAGACUGACAAGUACAGCAUCGGGGCUUGUUCUGUGCGCUGGGCCUACAUCCUGGCCAUCAUGGGCAUCCUGGACGCUCUCAUCCUCUCCUUCUUGGCCUUCGUCCUGGGGAACAGACAGGACGGGCUCAUGUCGGAGGAGCUGCUGGCCGAAAGCAAAGAAGGUGGGAAUGCCUAA